GACUUACAGGCUAAGUUACUGAGUGAGGAAUCGAGUGAGGAAGUGGGUGACUGAGAGAGGGGCUUGGCUCCGCUGUGCUCUCCUCACCUCCUCUGCAGUGCUGUGCUUUGCUGUGCGCUCCUCUUCUUCCCUUUCCUCCCUCUUCACCCCCCUCCUGCUCCUCCUCCUCCUACUACUCUUCAGCCUCGCCGCUUCCCCGCUCAUUGUCUCGCCCACCAUCCCCCAUGCCAGCGCUUCCUCUGUUGCUUCGCCCCCGCGUUUCCUCCACUUUUGAUAGUGUCGGUGUAUGUCAAGCUCAUCUAGUUGUUGCAUGAAUGGGAAUCCCGUUCUUUUGAGGCUCUGCAGCCGGAAGCAAAGGUUGUGUAUUUCGGAUUCUAAAGAAUGGAAGGUGCAGCUGACAUACUAACCUACUUUAAGUGCUGAAGCUGUUCAUCAUUAGUAGUUGUGGUGGUGGAGCAACAUUGCUCUGUAUGCAUACUUGACUGUGUGUAUUAGAGGGGAAUGGGUGACGACCUUGAUUGAAUAUUGAGUGAGUUCCACAAUUUGAGGAGGUGAAGGAGUUACACAUUUCACAAUGCCUCCCAAGCGUAAAGCUCCAGCUGCAGCGACCAAGGAAGUUAACGAUGACGCUCCUGCUGUAAAGAAGCGAGGUCGCGCCAAAGCUGUUGCCCUCCCUCCUCCGUCAAGGUCUGAUCAUGAAGCCGCUGACCCUCCUGUACCUCAGAGGAAGUCGGAGAGGAAGCCAAAGGAGAUUGUUAAGGAAGUAAUAGACAAACCUGCAUCUAAAACGAAACCUCCACCAAAGGAGAAGGUGGUGCCCAAGGACAAACCUGCAGUCAAAGCUAAAUCGGUACCUGAGGAGAAACCUGCUCCCAAAGCCAAAGCAGCCCCCAAAGCAAAACCCACAGCAAAGAAGAAAGCAGCACCUAGGAAGACGUCUAAGAAGGCUAAUGAAGUGGAGGAUGAAGACGAGGGUCAAGAGGAGGAGGAGGAGGAGGAGGUUGUAGCCCUUAAGUCUAAAGCUCCCGCGAAGAGGAAGGCUCCAACAGCGAGGGGAGCUAAGAAGGAAGCUGAGGUGGAGGAAAGUGGGGACGAGGGUCAAAAGGAGGAAGUUGCAGCUCCCAAAUCAAAAUCCCCAGCAAAGCGAAAGGCUCCAGCACCAAGGAGUGGUAAGAAGGCCAAAGAAGAGGAAGAAGAAGAAGGAGAAGAAGAUGAUGGUGAGGACCAAGACGACGAUGUCGUAGACGCAAAAGCGAAAUCUCCAGCUAAGAGAAAGGCUCCAGUAGGAAAGAAAAAGGUUGCAUCGGUGAGGGAAGCUAAGAAAGCGGUAGGACCGAAGGCGAAAGAAGAGAAAAUAGAAGAUGAGGGUGAAGCUGAGGAUGAAGAGGAAGCAGUAGCUCCCAAAGUGGAAACUCUUGCGAAGAGAAAGGCAUCCUCAGUCAAACCUGGUAAGAAGACAAAAGAAAAAAAAGAAACUGAAGAAAUGGGCAGCGGAGUGAAACCUCCGGGUAAGGGAAAGGCUACACCGCCAAGGGCAGCAAAGAAGGCAAAAAAUGAGGAAAAUAACUCCGAGAAAUCGGAGAGCGCGGACGAGGAUGGAGAGGAGGGAACGAAGAAAAUUCUGGAAUCCGAUGUUAAAUCUGUAGAAGAUGCAGUUGGAGUGAAGAAGUCUGUGAUAAUUGAGCACUGUAAACAAUGUAAUGCCUUCAAGAUACGUGCACUGAAAGUUCAAGAGUCUCUUAAGGCAGCAAUCCCAGGCCUCGAAGUUUCAAUCAAUCCAGAAAAGCCUAGGAGAGGCUGUUUUGAAAUUAGGGACAGUGCUGGAACUAUCUUCAUUUCGCUGCAGGGUAUGCCCAGACCAUUCACAAAGCUGAAAGCUCUUGACCUCGACAAGACAGCUGCAGAUAUUGUGAAAAAGUUGACGUAGACAUUUAGCACAGUAUUGUGCUUUGAUACAAACUAGGCACCUUGCUUGCAAGCUAGAUUUGAGUAAUCAAUUUUGGAUAUUUUGGAACUUGAAGUGCAGCCAUUCACAAAUCUUUCGCACAUUUCCAAGCUUUAGGUCAAAUUUUAAUUAUGAUUAUUCACAGAAAAUCAACACAA